UCAUUGGCAGCGCAUUGAUGCUUCAACUUAAGGCCCCGGGGACGAGGAAACAAAAACUUCCCAUCAUCUAGACGUGAAUCCCGGGCAGGGUGGAAAGGGUCGCUCGCUAUGGGCUGUGCCUCGAGUGUAAAGACAACAGCAGUCGCUUCGCCGCCUGGAGAUCCCCGGCCACAACCACCCACCCACAACACGCUCACUGAUGCCAACUGCUCGGAUCCUGCCGACCACAACCGGCUCCCGAAAGAACACUCGAGUUUGGUCUCAGGCUGCGAAACAGCAGACCAGGAGACCGGGGAGAUAGUGUGCCAAUCCUGGUCACACAUAAACCAGAGAACUGCAGAUUCUAAAGAUUCAAACAGUUCAAUUACUGUGGAGAGAAACAACAGGAGUAAUGAAAGGAAUUUGGGAGAGCAGCUGUGUGUUUCGAAAGACAAUCUCGACUUGGUUCCUGAGGAUCAGGGCCAGACUAUCAGCAAGGUCAAUGUGAGUGUUAAGGAUGAUGUAAAUGAUCCAACACAGCCAGAAGCAACCAAGACACAAAAUGUUAAUUUCCAUAACCUAAUGCUACAUUGUGAGAGAGACCUGCUUAUGAGACAUGAUGAUUGUUCAGUUUUUGGGGUGACCAACUCUUCUUCCAGCCUACCUAGUGACCUGUAUCCUCCAGUUGUAAUUGAUAAUGGCAGUGGGCUGAUAAAAGCUGGACUCUCAGAAAAUCAUUCACCAACGCAUGUUUUUCCAAGUGUGGUAGGAAGACCAAAGAACACAACAUUGAAUGUUUUUGGAUUAUCAGAAAGGUGCACUUAUGUUGGAGAAGAAGCCCAAAGAAAACGUACUAUUCUUCAUUUGGUUUAUCCAAUUCAGCAUGGACUGAUUGCAAACUGGACAGAAAUGGAAGUGCUCUGGAGGCAUGCGUUUGAAAAUGAAUUGCGUGUUGACAUUCAGGAGCAUCCAAUUGUUAUGACAGAACCACCAAAUAAUCCCCAGCAAAACAGGGAGAAAACAACUGAGAUUCUUUUUGAAGCAUUUCAAGUUCCCUCUUUAUUUCUGGGGAUCCAGGCAGUGCUGGCACUACACUCCACUGGUAAAGUCACAGGAACUGUUAUUGAUUCAGGAUCAACUGUGACACAUGUAGUUCCCAUUAUUGAAGGAGAUGCUUUGGAAAACAUCACGCAGCGUGUACACCUGGGAGGAGAGGACUUGACAGAAUACAUGAUGAGAUCACUGGCUGAAAAUAAUAGCUGGUCCUUCACUUCCAAAGCUGGGUUGGAUAUUAUCAGAAACAUCAAGGAGAAAUUUUGUUACGUUGCCCUUAAUUUUGAAGCAGAACUCAAGAACUUCAAGAAUAAUCCAGAAGAAAUAAAGGAGGAGUACGUGCUUCCAGAUGGACAAAAUAUGAUUAUCACAAAUCAGAAAUUCAUCUGCCCUGAAGUCAUCUAUAAGCCAUUUUUAAUAGGCAAAGACAUACAGAACCUGCCUACAUUGACACAUUCAGUGAUUGAGAGAUGCAGUGAGGAGAUCCGCAAUGAUUUGUAUGCCAACAUUGUACUAGCUGGUGGUAACAGUAUGUUUAAGAAUUUGGAAGAACGAUUACAACAGGAGAUGUCAAACCUUGUAAAAACAGGGAUAAAGGUGAGGGUUCAUGCACCUCCCAACAGGAACUACCUUUCAUGGAAAGGAGCAGCCAUUUUGUCUGGUCUUUCCAAUUUCCAACAAAUGUGUGUAUCCCGCCAAGACUUUGAAGAAUUUGGAACCACUGUUUUGUACAGAAAACUAAGUUAAACAAGAAAGGAACACUGCCUGAAAUCCGAAGAAAAAGAUCAAUCAUUAACAGAGUAAAGGCAGAACAGAAAGGAUCAAUACUUGCUAUAAGCCAUUGAUCUUGCUCUACUUAAUCAUCACAGAAGCAAUGGGAUACAGUGGGGUACCAUGGGGUGAGGUCACUGCUAUUUGAUAGAUUGGGCAUGGGCAGCAACAAUAUUUGGUGAACAGAUAGGGAUGCACUUGAUAGGAGGCCAUUGGCCGUGACUAGAUUGUCAACUAGUUCUGGGAUCAAGCAUCAUUUUAGUUUGUGCCUUAAAUAAACUUCAUUAGCAACACCUCAACAAACUUUAAGCUUCAAUCCUUAAAAUGUUGAUGCCUUCUUGUCAGACUACUACAAAGUUUUCAAUCUCAGCAAUGUGUAUUCCAAUCUUUUAGUCUUUUACUCGUUUCAUUUUUAUUGUAGACAUGAUCAAUUUUGUUAUUUCCAAAAAUACAUUUCUGAAACCACAAGAGCUGAGCAGCAUUCAGCCUGAAACCAUUCCCAACAGUGGAAGGUAAGACUGUUGAAAUAAGGGCCCAUGAGAUGGAGGAAAUUAAAAAUUUAUUUACAGCUCUUCUACAGCAGUUUUUUAGUCUUAAGACUUGUAUCCACAGAGUCCUCAACAAUCAGGUCAGUGAAUAUGUCUCAGAGAUAGUAGGAACUGCAGAUGCUGGAGAAUCUGAGAUAACAAGGU